CUUUUGCCAGCAAGACAAGUUGCCAAUUACCUUCCAGUCCUGUGUGAUCACUAAGGAGUGCCAGGUGUCGGAGUGGUCUGAGUGGAGCCCCUGUUCCAAAACAUGUUUUGAUAUGACAUCCCCUAAAGGAAAUCGUACAAGAACACGGACCAUUAAGCAGUUUCCUGUUGGCAGUGAAAGUGAAUGCCCAGAGCUAGAAGAAAUAGAGCAAUGUAGCUCUCAAGGAGAUGGUGUGGCACCAUGUGUUAUGUAUGGCUGGAGAACCACAGAGUGGACAGAAUGUCGUGUUGACCCUUUACUUAGCCAACAGGACAAAAGACGAGGGAAUCAGACAGCUCUGUGUGGGGGUGGAAUUCAAACCCGUGAGGUGUACUGUGUGCAAGCUAAUGAAAAUCUCCUCUCCUAUUUAAAUACCCUCAAGGAAAAAGAAGAAAGUCAGUCACAGAGCACGUCGAAGUCUAGUGCUGCACCACUUCUAUCAAUCACUUUUGAAAUAACAGCCUCCAAGCCUGUGGAUCGGAAACUGUGCACAGGACCUGUACCUAGCACCACCCAAUUGUGCCAUAUUCCUUGUCCAAUAGAAUGUGAAGUGUCAGCUUGGUCAGCUUGGGGACCAUGCACCUAUGAAAGCUGUGAAGACCAGCAAGCCAAAAAGGGUUUUAAAUUAAGGAAGCGGUCCAUCACAAAUGAACCUACAGGAGGCACUGGAGGGACAGGAAAUUGCCCUCAUUUGCUUGAAGCAAUUCCGUGUGAGGAGCCCUCUUGCUACGAAUGGCGAGUAGUGAGACUAGAAGAGUGCAUACCAGACAAUGAGAAACAUUGUGGACCUGGCACUCAAGUUCCAGAGGUGGUCUGCAUCAACAGUGAUGGAGAAGAGGUUGACAGACAGCUGUGUAGAGAUGCUAUCUAUCCAAUUCCCAUUGUCUGUGAAGUUCCAUGCCCAAAGGAUUGUGUACUCAGCAUGUGGUCUGGAUGGUCCUCCUGCUCUCACACCUGCUCAGGCAAAACCACAGAAGGAAAACAGAUGCGAGCCCGCUCUAUCCUGGCAUAUGCAGGUGAAGGAGGCAUUCAGUGCCCAAACAGUAGUGCACUUCAAGAAGCACGCAGCUGUAAUGAACACCCUUGCACUGUGUACCACUGGCAGACUGGGCCCUGGGGCCAGUGUAUAGAAGAUGUCUCUGUGUCCACUUUCAACUCAUCUACCAGUUGGAAUGGGGAGGCCACCUGUGCUGUUGGGAUGCAAACAAGAAAAAUCAUUUGUGUGAGGGUCAACGUGGGACAAGUGGGACCAAAAAAAUGUCCUGAAAGCCUUCGACCAGAAACAGUGAGGCCUUGUUUGCUUCCUUGUAGGAAAGACUGUAUUGUGACUCCAUACAGUGACUGGACAUUGUGUUCUUCCCCAUGUCAAGAAGGGGAUGUCACAGUAAAGCAACAGUCUCGCCAUCGAGUCAUCCUCCAGCUCCCUGCAAAUGGUGGCCGUGACUGCCCAGACACGUUAUAUGAGGAAAAGGAAUGUGAGGCUCCUCCUGUGUGCUAUACUUACAGGUGGAAGACCCACAAAUGGCGCAGAUGCCAACUGGUACCAUGGUAUGUUCGCCAGGACAGCCCAGGUGCCCAUGAGACAUGUGGUCCUGGACUACAAGCAAGAGCAAUUACUUGUCGCAGACAAGAUGGAGGACCGGCUGACAUCAGUGAGUGCCUUAAAUAUGCAGGCCCUUUACCAACGUUAACACAGGCCUGCCAGAUUCCUUGCCAAGAUGACUGUCAGUUCACAAUCUGGUCAAAGUUUUCUUCCUGCAAUGGGGAUUGUGGAGCAGUCAGGACGAGAAAGCGCUCUCUUGUUGGAAAAAGUAAGCGGAGGGACAAGUGCAAAAAUUCCCAGUUGUAUCCUCUGAUCGAGACUCAAUUUUGUCCUUGUGACAAGUACAACGCUCAGCCUGUGGGGAACUGGUCAGACUGCAUCUUACCAGAGGGCAAAGUGGAAGUAUUACUCGGAAUGAAAGUACAAGGAGAUAUCAAGGAAUGUGGGCAAGGCUAUCGUUACCAGGCCAUGGCAUGCUAUGAUCAGAAUAGUCGGCUUGUGGAAACAGCACGAUGCAACAGUCACGGUUACAUUGAAGAAGCUUGCAUUAUUCCGUGCCCUUCAGACUGCAAGCUCAGUGAAUGGUCCAACUGGUCUCGCUGUAGUAAAUCCUGUGGAAGCGGCGUAAAGGUUAGGUCCAAAUGGCUCCGUGAAAAACCCUACAAUGGUGGAAGACCCUGCCCCAAGCUGGAUCAUGUCAAUCAGGCUCAGGUAUAUGAGGUGGUCCCGUGCCACAGCGACUGCAACCAGUAUAUAUGGGUUACAGAACCCUGGAGCGUCUGCAAAGUGACCAAUGUUGACUUAAAGGAGAACUGUGGAGAAGGUGUGCAAACCAGGAAAGUGAGAUGCAUGCAAAACACAGUGGAUGGUCCUUCUGACACUGUUGAGGACUACCUGUGUGACCCUGAAGAGAUGCCUCUUGGUGCUAGAAGAUGCACAUUGCCAUGCCCUGAAGACUGCGUUAUGUCUGAAUGGGGCCAGUGGUCUAGAUGUUCCUUGCCCUGCAAUGGAAGUAAUGUACGUGAAAGGUCAGCGGAGCACCUAAGACAACCCGAUGAAGGAAAGGCUUGUCCUGCCUCCACUGAGACAGAACCUUGCAGUCUGAACAAAAACUGUUACCACUAUGAUUACAAUGUGACAGACUGGAGUACGUGUCAGCUCAGCGAGAAAGCAGUCUGUGGUAAUGGCAUCAAAACAAGAAUGCUAGAUUGUGUUCGCAGUGAUGGCAAAUCAGUUGACCUGAAGUAUUGUGAAGUGCUUGGCUUGGAGAAGACGUGGCAGAUGAAUACCUCCUGUGUGGUGGAAUGUCCUGUGAACUGUCAGCUUUCUGACUGGUCUCCAUGGUCUGAGUGUUCUCAAACAUGUGGCCUUACAGGAAAGAUGAUACGAAGAAGGACAGUAAAUCAGCCUUUCCAGGGCGAUGGGAGACCUUGUCCAUCUCAGAUAGAGCAAUUCAAACCCUGCCCGGUAAAACCUUGUUAUCGAUGGCAGUAUGGCCAUUGGGCUGAAUGCAAAGUUGAGGUAAAAGCUGCAAUGGAGAUCUGCAAUUAUUCUGUUGAGUGCAUCCAGGGAUAUUUGUGA